GACGCUACACAGCUCCCUGCGUCGGCUGGAAUUUGAUGAUAUCCUAGAGGUGUUUACCCUUUAACUGUGGUGUCGGCGGCGUCUUGACCUCAGCUAGAGAAAAUGUUCGGCAGGGCAUAUUGAAGGACUUCAUGCAAUGCCAUCCAGACGUAGGCGGCAACGAGCUGCUAGGACUGCUGCGAGAGAAACUCUCUCGAAUCGAGCGUGGAUUGAACCAGCGAAACAUGAGUCUCGAGGUCAAGAGCCUUAUUGAAGAGGCAAUCUCGGGCCUCCGGGAUAGCAUUGAACGGGCGUCAUCUAUCACUCCCGAAUUGAACCUUGCUGUGUCUUUGCCCAUGAUUCUGCGUGACAACUUCAUGGCCUUGCUUGUUGUCAGGGACCCUACAUCGUUGUUCGUUCUUGCGCACUACUGUACCGUUAUACAUGCCGCGGGGUCACAAUUUCGGUUCAUGAAAGACUGGGGACGCCAUCUCAUUGCGGCAAUCUUUAGAUCUCUUCCGCCAAACUGGCGCGAUGAGAUACGGUGGCCUAUAGACUAUGUUGACCCAAAGAUGGCUAGCCAGAACGAAGAUAUCACAACGGAGAGUGCUGGAUGA